AUGGAGAAAAAUAGGAGAUCACUUAAGGAAUUCAAAGGCUUUCCAUAUCCAACUGGAUAUGUCAUGGAAGAACUUGGCAAUAGGCUAAUAUAUGAUGAACUUAACUACGAUGUUAAUGCAUUAAAGGCUGAAUUUGAAACACUGUUCAACUUACUUACAGCUGAACAGAAAAUGAUUUAUCAGAAAAUCAUUACAGUAGUAAAUAGUAAUAAAGGUGGUGUAUUUUUCUUAAACGGUUAUGGCGGUACUGGGAAAACAUUUAUGUGGACAACCUUAGCUGCAUCUUUGCGCAUGAGGAGUAAAAUUGUUUUAACUGUUGCAUCCAGUGGUAUUGCUUCUCUGUUAUUACCUGGAGGUCGGACAGCUCAUUCAAAAUUCAAAAUUCCUGUUCCUACACUUGAUAACUCAACGUGUAACAUAGACGGAGGCAGUGAACUAGCACAACUUCUCAAGGUUGCUAACUUGAUCAUCUGGGAUGAGGCACCUAUGGCGCAUAGAAAUUGUUUUGAAGCACUAGAUAGAACACUCAAGGAUAUUAUGUCUGUAACUUCAAAUUCAAACAAAAUCUUUGGUGGAAAAGUUGUUGUUUUUGGAGGAGACUUCCGCCAAAUCUUGCCGGUAGUACCAGGGGCAGAUAGAUCAGAAAUUGUACAUGGAUCUAUAAGUUCAUCUUAUAUAUGGGAUCACUGCCAAGUUCUCACUCUCACCAAGAACAUGCGCUUGCAACAAAGCUGCGAAUCAGAGGAUCCUAUUGAACUUAAAAAGUUUUCUGAAUGGAUACUGAAUGUUGGUGAAGGAAAGAUAGCUGAACCAAAUGAUGAUGCAAUUGUGAAAAGCACUUAUACUGAUUUCUUGGACAAUUACAACAACCCUGAUUACUUGAAGCAAAGGGCAAUUUUGGCUUCAACAAUUAAUGUAGUUGAUUCCAUCAAUGAUUAUGUUCUCACAAUGAUCCCAGGACAAGAAAAAGAAUAUCUGAGUUCAGAUUCCAUUGAUAAAUCAGAAAUCAAUGAUGAAUGCCAAUCUUUUGAAAUACUCACUCCAGAGUUUUUAAGUACCCUUAGAACAUCUGGACUUCCUAACCAUAAAAUCAAACUCAAGAUUGGUACUCCAAUUAUGCUUAUGAGGAAUUUAGAUCAAGCUGAGGGAUUAUGCAAUGGUACUAGAUUAAUUGUUACAAGAAUGGCAGAUCAUAUUAUUGAGGCCAAAAUCAUUUCUGGAAAAAACAUUGGAAAUCUAACUUACAUUCCAAGGAUGAACAUGUCUCCUUCACAAUCUCCAUGGCCUUUUAAACUUAAUAGAAGGCAGUUUCCUAUAAUUUUAUCAUAUGCCAUGACUAUUAAUAAAUCACAAGGGCAAUCUUUGGACAAAGUUGGACUUUACUUGCCAAAACCAGUUUUUGGCCAUGGCCAAUUGUAUGUUGCAUUUUCAAGAGUCAAAAGCAAGAAAGGUUUAAAGAUAUUAAUCCAUGAUUCUGAUAACAAGUCACUUACUUCAACAAUGAAUGUUGUCUACAAGGAAGUUUUUGAAAAUCUAUGGUACUUUUUCUUCUGUCUCCUAAAGAGUAGUAGGAACAAUAAUCAAAUUCCAAUGCAACUGAUCACAUGUGGACUUGCAAGUUAUUUGGGAAGUGUUCCUGUUACUUAUUUGUUAUAUGACUACUAA